ACUAGCUAGUUACAAGCUUUCUUCACUUACCAGCUAAUUGCUUCCCUGCAGUAUUUUUUUUCUUGUCUCUUCCAAGAAAAUUCUAGCUACUAGCAGCUAGCUGUAUAUAGCAAAAGAAUCACUUCAUUUCUUAGCAACACCAGGAAAAGAUUUCAGAAAUGGAUCAAGUUACAGAUUUGGCAUCAAAGAACGCUGCAGUGAUCUUCACCAAGAGCUCAUGCUGCAUGUGCUAUAGUAUCAAGACACUUUUUUAUGAACUCGGAGCAAGCCCUGCAAUUCAUGAGCUUGACCGUGAAGCCAAUGGGAGGGAAAUGGAGUGGGCUUUACGUGGGUUAGGGUGCAAUCCCAUCGUCCCGGCUGUCUUCAUAGGUGGAAAAUGGGUAGGAUCAGCAAAAGAUGUGCUAUCCCUGCACCUGGAUGGCUCUUUGAAACAAAUGCUCAUGGAAGCAAAAGCAAUCUGGUUCUAGCUAUAGUACCUCUCAAAUAAGCCACACAUAGUACUUAUGUUUGAUUCUGUAUAAUAUAUAUGAAAAUAGCUCUUAUAAUAUGUUGAAAACAAAAUUGUAUUAAGGGCUUUUCUUUUUCUUGAGUUACCUGACUACAUUGUGUGCAAAAAUGUAAUAUUAUGAAAAGAAUUCCUGAAGAUCAGUUUUCAGUGGGUUUUUAAGAUUUCAAUGAUGUUUUCAA